CUUUUAAAAUCGGCAACAAACGGUUUUAGCAUUUUCUCCUCCUUUGUCUUGCCUGCAGGAUCAGACCUGCCGCUACAAUGCAUCAGGCAUGGCAGCCCAGUGCAAAGGCUACAAGGAGAUCCCAGUGGGUAAUGAGCGCGCGCUGGCUGUUGCACUCUACAAAGUUGGUCCAGUGUCUGUGGGCAUCAAUGCGCAACAGAGCAGCUUCCAGUUCUACAAGCAUGGUGUUUACUACGAUCCCAACUGUAACAAAGAUGACGUCAAUCAUGCCGUACUGGCAGUAGGCUAUGGAGUGAACACCAAGGGGAAGAAGUACUGGAUUGUCAAGAACAGCUGGGGUGAGGAAUGGGGCAACAAGGGAUACAUCUUGAUGGCACAUAACCGUGGCAACGUCUGCAGCAUCACCAACCUCGCUAGCUACCCCAUCGUGUGAACAGACUAGGGAACGGGCUUUGCUUAGACUACUAUAAGACGAAUAUACACUUAAGCAUUUACUCUGAACACCCCACCCCUAGACCGGCCAUAACAGCUGCUUGACAUGUUGUGCAUUCAAAGAUUU